AUUAUACACGAUAAAAAAAAAUUUCCUUUUUCUCAGUCCGCAGUGUAUCCAGCGCUUCACGCCAUGAUUGCACGCUGGGUGCCACCCAACGAAAAAGGCAUGUUCGUUUGGACGAUGCAAGGUGGUCCCUUUGGUACAUUUGUGACACUUUCGGUCUGUGGAUUGGUAAUCCACACAAACGGCUGGAAAGCUGCGUUCUACGUGACGAGUGGCUGCAUGUUUGUAUUUUAUCUGCUCUGGGUAUGGCUUGCCUAUGAUACUCCCGAUGUACACCCGACUAUUAGUGAAAAAGAGAAAAAUUACAUCAAAGAACAGAUUGGUAGCUCUAUCAGUAAAAAAACGCAAAAAUUACCACUAAGAUAUAUUGUUACGUCGUUGCCGUUCCUCGUUCUGUUGUAUGCUCAUUUUGCAAACAUGUGGGGCAUUUACUUUAUUUCUAUCAGUGGUCCCAAGUACACUCUGGAAAUUUUAGGUUUUGACAUGAAAAAUGCCGGAGUACUGACUGGUUUACCAUACAUCACAAGACUUCUGGCUGGUGUGUUGUUCGCAUUAGCAGGCGACUUUUGUCGUAGAAAGAGCGUUAUGACUACUGGUUGGAUCCGUCGCAUAUUCAUGAUCUUCUCACACGUUCUACCUGCUAUUUGCCUGAUCCUGAUUUCGUAUGCUGGUUGCAACCGCUUUACGGCGAUAGCGAUGAUGACACUUGCUCUGACCUUCAAUGGAGCGGCUUGCCAGACGAGUCUGCAGAAUCACCAGGACCUCGCCCCCAACUUUGCUGGAUCACUGUACGGCAUCAUGAAUACCUUUGGCAGCUUCUCUGGUUUUAUCAUUCCUGCGAUACUCGGUGUUCUCAUCAACGAACAUAAUGGGAUGCUGGAAUGGCGUGUUAUGUUCUGGAUCUCAUCGAUAGUAUUCGCCUCGGCAACCCUACUUUUCUGGAUUUUCGGCUCAGCUGAAGUUCAGCCCUGGAACGAUCUUAGCAUUGGCUUGAAAACCGCCAACAUUGAAGUUGCUGAAGAACAAAAGCGAAUAAACUCAAAGGAAGCGGAAGCUAACGAAGAAGAGGAGAACGAGAAGCUAUAAGGCUGACGAUAGAUUCGUCCAUAGAUUAGUCAAUAUUAUUUUUAAAUACUCUACAACAGCUGAGGUAGAGCUAGCUGGAUCGUCGUGGCAGUCUAAAGAAAAUAUCCAACGAUAAGUAGCGUUUAAUCAUGUAUGUUGAAUAUUUUUCAAUUUUUUAACUUUUUUUGUUUGCCACAAUACAAUAUUCAAGACUAUAUUUCAUUUCAAAACUUAAACGAUUUUAUUUAAGAUUUUGAAAGGUAAGUGCUGAGAAAGUUAAAAGGAUCUGAAUAAUUAUUGUCAAUGAAAACUUUAUGUAUUAUCAAUGUAGUUCAUUAAAAUCACUGAUUUUUUUUAUUUCAAUUAACUCGGAGAAAAAACUUUUUGAACUAAAAAAUAUUUAUCUGAUGUUGAACUAUGUAUAGGUACAGAAAGCACAGCAUUUAUAAAGCAUUAUCUUAAUUUUUAUUGUAAAUAUAAUACAAAAAAAUU